AUGGAUGUCUUACCCGCCUACCCCGGUCCACAUGGGGUGGACAAGAAAGAAGACGAAUACUCUGCAGAUGCUGAAAAGAGGGAUAUCGCCGCUGGCCAAGUCCAGGAUGCAUUCGGAAGCGAAGAGGACGCUGAGAUCAAGUACAAGACCUUGACUUGGUGGCAAUGUGGCUUGCUCAUGAUUUGCGAAUCUGUUUCCCUGGGUGUGCUGUCUCUGCCAGCAGCAGUGGCUACGUUGGGUUUCGUCCCAGGCGUUAUCUUGAUCGUCGGCCUUGGUCUUCUUGCAUUGUACACAGGUUAUAAUAUUGGUCUGUUUCGCGAGCGGUAUCCUCACAUUCAGAGUCUGGCAGAUGCCGGAGAAAUCCUGCUCGGCCGCUUUGGGCGCGAGCUGUUCGGUCUAGGCCAAUUUCUCUUUUGCAUUUUCGUCAUGGGAAGUCAUAUUUUGACUUUCCGUGUCAUGAUGAAUACCAUUACUGAGCACGCUACCUGCUCCAUCGUCUUCAGUGUGGUAGGUAUGCUCAUUUCGAUGAUAUUAUCUAUCCCGCGAACAAUGAAGGGAAUGACGUGGGUUUCAUUUGCCUCGUUCCUCAGUAUCUUUGGUGCAGUCAUGAUUACCAUGAUCUCCGUGUCUGUGCAGGACUUCCCUGGCCGGACUAUUGAUGCCACGGUAGAGACAAACCUGUACACGGGAUUCCAGGCCGUGUCCAAUAUUGUCUUCGCCUACUGCGCGCAUGUAGCCUUCUUCGGCUUGAUUGCUGAAAUGGAGAAUCCAAAGGACUUCAACAAGUCUUUACUGAUGUUGCAGUCCUUCGAGAUCUGCUUGUACCUCACUGCCGCUGUUGUCAUCUAUUACUACGUUGGCACUGAUGUUCACGCUCCUGCCUUGACCUCUGCCGGACCAGUAAUGAAGAAGGUUGCCUAUGGCAUUGCUAUCCCCACGGUGCGAACCAAUUUCUAUUCUUCAGACGCACAGAACAUUGCUAACCCAGAUCAGAUUGUCGGCGCUGGUGUUGUAAACGGCCAUAUUGGUCUGAAGUAUAUCUAUUUCCGGGCCUGCCGCAAGUCAGACCUACUGCACAGCCGCAGCUGGAAGUCUGUCAGCAUCUGGCUGGCGCUAGGCGUCAUCUGUUGGGUUGUAGCGUGGAUUAUCUCCGAGGGUAUCCCUGUCUUCAACAACCUAAAUGGCUUGAUUAGUGCCCUCUUUGCCAGUUGGUUCAGUUAUGGGUUGAGUGGAAUUUACUGGCUGCAUCUGAACUAUGGCCAAUGGCUGUCCAGCCCAAGUAAAAUUCUGUUGACCAUACUCAACAUUGGAAUUGCACUGAUUGGUCUUAUCCUUUGUGUGUUGGGCUUAUAUGCUUCGGGAACGGCUAUUCAUAAUGAUGCUAGCAAUACCGUCUUUUCCUGUGCUAAUACUGAUACAUAA